AUGGGGAUUAUUUACAGUCAAAGGAGGAGGUUGCUGUUUUACUGUUAUUUUGUAUUUCUUUGGAACACAUUGGAUGCACGCAUUCGGUACACUAUACCAGAGGAGUUAAAAGAGGGCUUUGUUGUUGGAAACAUCGCCAAAGACCUUGGCUUGGAGAUCUCUGACAUAAAAGGUCGCAGAUUACGAAUAAAUUCUGAGUCUGGUAAAACGUAUUUUGGUGUGGAUAUGACAAAAGGUGAGAUUAUUGUAAAUGAAAGAAUCGACAGAGAGAAUCUAUGUGGGCAAAAUGUUCCAUGUUUAUUACCACUGGAGCUUGUUUUAGAAAAUCCUUUGCAGCUGCAUCAUAUUGAGAUUGAAAUACAGGAUAUCAAUGACAACACACCUCAGUUCCUCUCUAAUGAAGGUGUUUUGAAUAUUCCGGAGUCUGUUAAUCCCGGUGCUAAAUUUCAUCUUGAAAGUGCACGGGACCCUGACGUUGCAUCAAAUUCUUUACGAUCGUAUACUUUGAGCAAUAACAACAAUUUCGUAUUAAAUGUAAAAAAUGAGGAUGGAACGAAAAUUCCAGAAUUAGUGGUAGAAAAACCUCUUGACAGAGAAAAACAGGCCGUUUACAGACUUACUCUGACAGCUGUGGAUGGUGGCAAUCCUAUGCGAUCCGGAACGACUACAAUUACGAUUAUAGUUUUGGAUAAUAACGAUAACGCUCCUCAGUUUGAAAAAUCGUCGUAUGAAGCUAAUAUUUAUGAAAACGCGCCAACUGGCACUGAAGUUUUGACUGUUCGAGCCACAGAUUUAGACGAGGGACUAAAUGGGGAGGUGGAGUAUUUCCUCGGCGGCACAACUGAAAAUAAAGAUACUGCAUUUGAUAUUGAUCCUCAGACUGGUGUCAUUAAAGUUAGCGGACAACUGGACCAUGAACAGAGAAAUUUACAUAAACUGGAGGUAAUAGCUAAAGACCGUGGGAAUCCACAGUUAGAGGGACAUUGUACUGUUAAAAUAAUAGUGACUGAUGUAAAUGAUAAUGCCCCAGAUAUAAUUUUAACCUCAUUGACGAGUCCAGUUCCGGAGAACGCCGCUCUUAAUACUGUUGUUGCACUCAUUAGUACAAAAGAUGCUGAUUCUAAAGAUAACGGAAAAGUUAAACUAACUGUGGUACCUGGCUCGCCAUUCCGACUCAAUUCCUCUGUCUCCAACCAUUACGCACUGGUUACGAAUGGUGUACUAGAUCGAGAGACGCACGCAGAAUAUAACAUUGAAUUAAAAGCAGUUGAUUCAGGUUCGCCAGCGAUGUCAUCUAAUAAAAUCCUAAAAAUCGGUAUCUCAGACAUCAAUGACAAUGCUCCAGUUUUCUCCCAGCCUUCGUAUUCAGUUUAUGUAAAGGAAAACGUUGCUCCAGGAUCGCUCUUAUGUUCUGUGGCUGCUUCUGACCCAGAUGAAGGAGAAAAUUCGAAAAUCUCAUAUUCUAUUCGUGUUACAAACAUACAAGAUGUACCUGUAUCCUCGUAUUUAUACAUAAAUUCAGACAACGGAAGUAUCUUUAGUAUGCAUUCCUUUGAUUAUGAAAAAAUUAAAGUGUUUCAAAUCCAGGUGCAGGCCAAAGACCGUGGUUCUCCAUCACUUAGUAGCAACGUCACUGUUCAGAUUUUUAUUCUGGAUCAAAAUGACAAUGCCCCUGCUGUCAUUUACCCCUCUGGAGUCCUGGGCUCUGUUUCUCAUCAGAGGAUGCCCCGGUCUGCUAAAGCGGGACACCUCGUUACUAAGGUAACGGCAGUGGACGCUGACUCAGGUCACAACGCCUGGAUGUUCUAUAGACUUGUAGAGGCUACAGACAUGUCCCUGUUCGGUGUAAAUCUACAUACAGGAGAGGUGAGGACUAAACGCUCAGUUUCUGAGCAGGAUGACACCUCUCAGAGACUGAUAAUAGAGAUAAAGGACAAUGGAGAGCCAGUCCAGUCCAGCACAGUCACUGUGGAUAUACUGUUAGAAGAGAGGCUUCCUGAGCCAAUCUCUAACAUUCAGGAAAGAAAUACAGACACCAACAGAAAAGGCACUAAAAUCACAUUCUACUUGAUCAUCGCUUUGGCAUCUGUGUCUGUGCUGUCACUGAUGACAUUUAUCAUUUUGAUUGUGAAAUGUGCAAGACAUAACAGGGGUAGCACAACGUGUUGCAUCAGAAGGGGCGAUUCUGAUGGAUACAAAAGCCCGAACAGAAAUCUGCAGAUCCAACUCAACACUGACGGGCCUAUAAAAUAUGUGGAGGUCUUAGGAGGUGACAUGCUGUCUCACAGUCAGUCCUUCGGGUCCUGUCUCUCUCCAUUGUCAGAAUUCAGUGAUUUCACCCUCGUUAAACCCAGCAGCACCAUUGACUUUAAGGAAAUUAAUGUGCUUGAUGCAUCUCUGCCCGACAGCGCCUGGACAUUUGAGAGUCAACAGACCAAUGUUCUAUAA